UGGUCCUGCCUGGUCCCGCAGAGAUGCCCGCGAACGUGAGCGUGUCCAACCACAGCGUCCCGCCGGGCGCCCACGACCACAACUUCGCCGCGCUCGUGUGCGGAACGCUGCUCAUCGUCCUCAUCAUCUGCGGGAACGUUCUCGUGUGCCUUAGCGUCUACACGGAGAAAGCUUUAAAAACCACCACCAACUACUUCAUCGUGAGCCUCGCCGUGGCCGACCUGCUGCUCGCCGUGCUCGUGCUGCCUCUCUAUGUGUACGCGGAGUUCCAGGGUGGCGUGUGGGCCUUGAACAUGGUCAUCUGUGACGGACUCAUGACAAUGGACGUGAUGCUCUGCACCGCCUCCAUAUUCAACCUCUGCGCCAUCAGCGUCGACAGGUUUAUCGCAGUGUCUAUUCCGCUCAACUACAACCGCAAGCACAUUGACCAGAGGCAAAUCAUUUUACUCUCGGCCACCUGGAUCCUGGCCUUGGCGGUUGCGUCGCCCGUCAUGUUUGGAAUCAACAACAUCCCGCAUCGAGACACGUCCAGAUGCCAGCUGGAGGAUGACAACUACGUGGUCUACUCAUCUGUCUGCUCCUUCUUCAUCCCUUGUCCCAUCAUGCUGCUGCUUUACUGCGGGAUGUUCCGGGGCCUUCGGCGCUGGGAGGAAGCACGCAAAGCCAAGCUGCGCAACAGUAUCCUGGCCUGCCGCAAGUUGCAGCAAGCUGCCGCUGCCGCCCUGCCCCCGCUGGCUGCCCUACCCCCGCCUCUGCCCCCUGUCAUUGAGUGCGACCUCGCCGAUACCAGGGCCGAGGAGCUGGAGUGUUAUUCGCAGCCAGACUCCCCUCUCCCCUCGGAGUACAAGAAUCCGGAGGUCCAGACGGUGGCGUACCCGGAAGCCGUGUACGCGAAAACUCCGACCCGAAGGAAGAGGGCGAAGAUCAAUUGCAGGGAGCGGAAAGCGAUGAAGGUCCUUCCUGUCGUAGUGGGUGCCUUCCUCUUUUGCUGGACGCCGUUCUUCGUGGUGCACACCAUGCGGGCCAUGUGCGAGACGUGCGACAUCUCGCCACGCCUGAUGAGCACGGUCACCUGGCUGGGAUACGUCAACAGCGCCAUCAACCCCGUCAUCUACACAGUUUUCAAUACAGAGUUCAGGAACUUCUUCCGCAAAUUCCUACACAGCUGCUGCUAACUGCGCCAUAAUCACCGGAUGGGGAAAAAAAGCACAAGUAUAAAACCAUAAUGUAUUGUACAAAAGAAUUAAGAUGUAUAAACAUAGGCUAUUGGCUUUCUUUUCCAUUUUUUUGCAAAUGGAUGUAUUCUUAUGCUUUACUGAUACAACCAUUAUUUUUGUCUGGCUACCGUUAUGAUGUUUGAUUUGCUACUUCCAUGUUUUAUGUGGAAAGCUGUUCUUGUGAGGAAGCCCGUUUUUCCACCGAAGAUGCAAAGGACAUAUCAGCAGGACCA